GAGGGACAGAGAGUAACUGACUGGUCACUCCGGGACCAGCAGAGGGGGACGGAGAGUGCCUCACGGAUUACCUGGACUGAGGGAGCUGUGGCUGGACGGGGCGGAGAGGCCGUGGAGCCGGAGUGGAGGGCUCGUCUAUGACGGAGUUUGUCGGAAAGUCGCUGCAGGACGCACUGGAGCUUCCCUCGGCUAUGGAGCUGGAAAUUGAGAGAGUACAUUGCACGCUCAUCCCAAACCCUACCCAAGAUAGAGCAGGAAUAAAAAGUCGCCAAAAUUCUGUGCUGCAAGGGAACUGCGGCCAUGUCUGUGCCGAGGGAAGGCGGAAUGAGUGAGAGCUUCUGGGAGGUGGGACAGUACAGCAGAACGGUGAAACGAAUCGAUGACGGGAACCGUCUCUGCAAUGAACUGCUCAGCUGCUUCCAGGAGAGGGCAAGGAUUGAGAAGCAGUACGCCCAACAGCUGGCUAGCUGGUCCAAGAAAUGGAAAACCAUAGUGGAGAAAGGUGCACAGUAUGGCACCCUGGAGAAAGCCUGGCACGCCUUCAUGCUGGCUGCCGACAAGCUGAGUGAGCUCCACCUGGAAAUGCAGAGCCACCUGGCAGGUGCAGACAGCGCCAAGGUUAAGCAGUGGCAGAAGGAGUCUUACCACAGGCAGCUGGUCGGGGGCUUUAAGGAGACCAGAGAGGCAGAAGACGAUUUCUGCAAGGCACAGAAGCCCUGGGUGAAGAAGCUCAAGGAGGUGGACGCAGCCAAGCGGAACUACCACAGCACCCGUAAGGAGGAGCGAGCAGCGCAGAUCCGGGAGAGUAACGGCAGAGCUGACCAGUCAAUGGCCCCGGAUCAGCUCCGCAAGCUGCAGGAGCGGGUCCAGAGGAGCUCGCAGGAGGUGGAGAAGGGGCGGGAACGCUACGAGAAAGCGCUGGAGGAGCUGAACAAAUACAACCCUAAGUACAUGGAGGACAUGGAGCAGGUUUUCGACACCUGCCAGGACAGCGAGAGGAAGCGCCUCCAGUUCUUCAAGGAGGUCCUACUUGACUUCCACACACAUCUGGACCUUUCCAAGAUUGACAGUUUUCGGAUGAUCUAUCGGGACCUGCAUCAGGCCAUUCUCUCGGCCAGUGACCAGGAGGACCUGCGAUGGUGGCAGAACACCCAUGGGCCCGGCAUGGCCAUGAACUGGCCCCAGUUUGAGGAGUGGUUCCCGGAGGCCAACCGAGCUAUUCAUCGUAAGGAGAAGUGUAGUCAGAUCACAGAGGAAGUGACUCUCACCAACGUCUUGACGUCCACUGACUCUGUGUCACACCCCUCUCCUCAGGGCAGCAGAAUGAAAGAUUACUCCUCUGACUGGUCGGAUGACGAGAGCCCCAGGAGGUCCAUGCCGGAGUCCGGACGUCAGGAGGUAGCAGCUGUCAGAGUGCGAGCACUGUAUGAUUACCUGGGGCAGGAGGCUGAUGAGCUGAGCUUUUCGGCAGGUGAAGAAUUCCUGAAGAUUGGCGAAGAGGAUGAGCAAGGCUGGUGCAAGGGUCAGCUCAACAGUGGACAAGCGGGACUCUACCCAGCCAACUAUGCGGUGCUGGUGUAUUCCUGAUCAACACCUUCCGCAGUCUCUCCCUACCCCACUUUUUCUGAUUUUUGUUUUUGCCUCCUCCCUCUGCUCAUUUUAUCUUUAGAGUGAAGAAUCACUGCAGUUAAGCUCUUGACUUUAUUAAUCCGUGCCUGGUUGGAGCCUUCUGUUGCCUCCUGUGCUAUUUGCUGUUUAUCUAACCAGGUGCCUGAGUGAGCUGUACACAGCUUCUGGAACAAACAGAGUGGUAUUUAUGAUCAACAGGUUGUUCGGGUAGCAGACCUGAGACCUCUGGGAAUGUCUCUUUAUUGAUAAAAAGCCGGGAAAGCUGGAGAUGCCGAAUGGGCCAGACAGCAUCUGUGGAGAGAGCGACACAGUUAAUGAGGUGACACACUGAAGUUUCUCCCUCUGCAGAUGCUGAGUGAUUCAAGCCAGUUCCCAAUUGGGAGCUGUGGGCUGUUGAAUGAGCUCUGGGCUUGGAUGUUAUCGUUUUCUCUGGGAAAUAAAGGGCAGUUUGAGCACAGUGGAUGUCGGAAGAGUGAGAACUUUUUCUGAAGGAAUUUCCUGACCACACUUGGUAGGUCUGUCUACUAAUUGAUCUUGACUGUAUCUGCCAAGAGAAAAUAAACCCAGUAAUUUAGCGCCUCGUUCUGAGACCUAAUUCUCCUUGUGCACACAGAGAGCUGCCUGCUCUUUCCUCUGGGCGACAAUUGACUGGCCCAAUCACUGCUCAGCCACUUAUCGAGUUAUCGCAGCAUCUCACAUUUCCUUCUCGAGAUAAAAGAAUCAUCGGCUCCUCAAGGUUAAGGAAGCUCAUUGAAGAAAUUUCCUCAUCUCAGUGUGAAUGUAGAGUGUGCCUCCUGGUUCCAGAUUCCUCAGCCAUGGGGAAACGUUCUGCCUAUUGAGCCAUGGAGUGUUUGUAAGCUUCAAUGGGCUUCCUUCUCACUUUCCUUGCUAAUCUCUCCACGAGUACCCUUGGAACUAUAUUUUGUUGCACUCCCUCUACUCUCCCUCCAUAAUCAUCUCUUACUAGCUCUUGGGUUUCUUGUGUCAUGAAUUGGGAAACUGAAGUGUAAUCAGUGCUCCAGAUGUUGUGUCGUCAAAGGCCCUGUGUAAUAGCGGAAAGACAGCCAUCUUCUGUGCACAAAUCCCACUGUAAUAAAGACACUUCCAUCAUUGGAGACACAAGAUGCUGGAAACCUUGAGCUUUACAACGAUGCUGGAGGAACUCGCUGGGUUGGGUAGGCACCUGGACUGGGUCUGGAUGAAAGGUCUUGACCUGAAACAUUGACAAUUGAUUUUUCUCCACAGUUUCUGCCUGACCCACUGCGUUCUUCCAGCACCUUUAUAUGUUGCUCCAUACUUUCCUGAUUAUUUGCUGACUCUGCACAUUAACCUUCAGCUGUUUAUGUACAUCAACCUUUGAACAUAAACAUUAUCUGGUUUCUGACCAUUAAAAUUUGAAGCAAAGCAAAUAACUUCACUUAUUUCAACGUGAUAUUCUAUUUGCCAUGUUCCUGUGCGCUGGCUCAGUUUCACACUCCCCUGGAACCUUGUACCCGGAUGGAGGAAUUUACUCUGCUUCACCCUCACCAGUCGCCCACUCUACUAGCCACCGUGCUCCACAUCUUGCUGCACUCCAGUCAGGUCGUCCCACUGCAAUCAAAGUCUAUUUUGUAGCAUUUAAAAAGAUGAGUGGUAAUUUCCUUGAAACACAAAGCUUGCUGGGGUUCAGAGUGGGCCUUUUCCCAGGCUGGGGAGCCGCAGACCAGGGAGGAUGGAACAUUAUUUAAUGUAGUUAUCCUAUGGAAGCUGAGUCACUAAGUUCAUCCAAAAUGGAUGGCUAGGCCAGUAGAGCAGAGCUGUUCCUCUGCUUUCUGUAGAUCAUAAAAUUUAGCCCUGUGACCUUGGCCAAUGGUAGGGUAGGUUGGAAGGACCAAGUUGCCUCCUUCUCCAGCUACUUGCAAACAACACUGGCAUCUACUGGACAAUGAGGAGUAAUGCUUAGUUCUCACCAAAGUCAGGACAAAUCCAAUCUGUCUAAUUCUCCUUAGCCUAUCCUCAACUGUCACAAAUGCAAUGGGGCUGCCUUUGACAAAACCAGCAAAAGGCACCUACCCAUGACCUGCUCAACUGCCAGUAUUGCUAGUUAAUUAGGUAGAAUUGUUUAGGUCAAACUGUGAAUUAAGUUGAUGAUGGUUAAUUGGUAGAACUGAAGUUACUAUUAUGUCAGAAUUGAGUUGAGUGUCACAUACACAUGGGGCUGAGAGGAAAAUCGGAUUGGUUGUGAUGAAAUGGGGAGCAGACUUGAUGGGCCGAGUGGCCUGAUGCUUCAAAAGGCUUCCUUGCAGCAGCAUCAUAAGCAGAGAACAUCGAGGCCAUUCGGCCCACAGUGUGGUGCCAGACCAGCUAAAAAGCAAAUCAAAAACACCCAAACACUAAUCCUUCCACCCUACACCAUGCCCAUAUCCCUCCAUCUUCCUCACAUCCAUGUGCUGAUCCAAACGUCUCUUAAAAUUUGCCGCUACCCCAUCCCAGGCAUCCAUCGCUCUCAGUAAAAAAAACACUUCCCCCUCACAUCUGCCUUGAACCUACCCCCCUCACCUUCAAUGCAUGCCCUCUGGUGUUAGACAUUUCAACCCUGGGAAAUACGCUGUCUAUCCACUCUAAUCUCAUAAUCUUGUAAACCUCUAUCAGAUCUGCCCUCAGCCUCCAUCGCUCCAGAGCAAACAGCCCAAGUUAAUCCAGUCUUGUAAUGGCACAUGCCCUCUGAACCAGGCAGCAUUCUGGUAAACCUCCUCUGCACCCUCUCCAAAGCCUCAACCUACUUCCUAUAAUGGGGGUGACCAGAACUGUGUGCAAUACUUCAAAUGUGGCCUAAUAGAGUUUUAUAAAGUUAGACCAUAAGAUAUAGGAGCAGAAUUGGCCCAUUGAGUCUGCCCUGCCAUCUUAUCAUGGCUGAUCCAUUCUUCCUCUUGGCCCCAGUCUCCUACCUCCCCUGCUCCUCACCCCAUAUCCCUUCACACCCUGACCAAUCAAGAAUCUAUAAACCUCUGCCUUAAAUAUAAUAAAGACGGCCUCCACAGCUGCCUGUGGCAAAGAAUUCACCACUCUGUGGCUAAAGAAAUUCCUCCUCCCCUCCAAUCUAAAAGGACCCCCCUCUAUUCUGGUCUUAGACUCUCCCACCACUGGAAGCAUCUUUUCCACAUCCACUCUAUCAUGGCCUUUCACCAUUUGAUGAGGUUUCAAUGAAAUCACCCCUCAUUCUUCCAAAUUCCAGUGAAUACAGGCUCAGAGCCAUCAAACGCUCUUCAUAUGACAAGCCACUCAAUCCUGGAAUCAUCUUUGUGAACCCUCUCCAGUUUCAACACAUCCUCCCUUAAAUGAGGGGCCCAAACCUGCUCACAAUACUCCAAGUGAGGCCUCACCAGUGCUUUAUAAAGUCUCAACAUUACAUCCUUGCUUUUAUAUUCUGCUAAACUUCUUGAAACGAAUGCCAACAUUGCAUUUGCUUCCUCACCACAGGCUCAACCUGCAAAUUAACCUUCAGGGAAUCUUGCACAACGACUCCCAAGUCUCUUUGCACCUCAGAUUUUUGUAUUUUCUCUCCAGUUAGAAAAUAGUCAACCCUUUCGUUUCUUCUACCAAAGUGCGUGACCGUACACUUCCCUACACUGUAUUCCAUCUGCCGCUAUUUUGCCCAUUCUCCUAACCUAAUUCCUUCUGUAGCCUCCUUAUUUCAUCAAAACUACCUGCCCCUCUACCUGUCUUCAAUAUCAUCUGCAAACUUUUCAACAAAGCCAUCAAUUCAUCAUCCAAAUCAUUGACAUAUAACGUAAAAAGAAUCGGUCCCAACACAGACCCCCGUGGAACACCACUAGUCACCAGCAGCCAGCCAGAAAAGGCUCCCUUUAUUCCCAUUCUCUGUCUCCUGCCAAUCAGUCACUGCUUUAUCCACGCUAGAAUCUUCCCUGUAAUACCAUUUGCUCGUAGCAACAUAAACCAGAAUUUUAUAACGUUGCAACAUCAUGCAAGCAACAUUCACAAGAAAAGCAUAAAUUAACAUAAAAUUGUGACAAGAGUGAACACAUAGGACAAAAAUGUCCACAGUAGUGCAAAGAGAUCGUAGUGUUGUGGUGGUUAGGUAUGUGCCUGUUGGUUCAAGAACAGAAUGGUUGAAGGGAAAUAUUUCCUGUGGGACUUCAAGCUUCUGUCUGAUGCAGCUAUGAGAAAGUGGCAUGGUGUGGGUGGCGGAGAUCGUUGAUAGAUUUUUCCCUUGGGUACAGCAAUGGAUGUGGUGUAUACAGAUUUUAGUAAAGUAUGCAACAAAGUAGGCAUAUGGGGUACAGGAAAUCUGGCUGUGGUUUCAGAAUUGCCUUGCCUGCAAGUGAUUAUAGAUGGAGCUUAUUCUGCCCGAAGCCCAGUGACCAGUGGUGUCGUGCAGAUCCCCUGCUCUUUGUACUUGGAUGAGGAUGUGGAAUGAGUUAGCAAGUUUGGAGAUGACACAAAGAUUAGCGGUGGUGUAGAAGGUUGUUGAAAGUUGCAAUGGGACAUUGAUGGGAUUCAGAGCUGGGCUGAGAAGUGGCAGAUGGAGUUCAUUUCAGUGAAGUGUCAAGUGGUUCACUUUGGAAGGUGGAUUUUGAAGGCGGAAUACCGGGUUAAUGGCAGGAUCCUUAACAGUGAGGAGGAACAGACAGAUCUUUUGGUCCACAUCCUUAGAUUUCAGUUUAUUUUAUCUGGAGACAGUGCAGAAUAGGCCCUUUCAGCUAUGCUGCCCCGCCCCAGCUACCCCCAACUGCCAGAUUUAACCCUAGCCUAAUCACAAUUUACAAUUAAUGUACCCAGUAAGACUUUGGACUGUGGGAGAAAACUGGAGUGCCCGGGGAAAUUCCACGGGGGGUGGGGGGUGGGGGUGCUACGUACAAGGAUCCUUACAGAGGAUGCUGGGAUUGAACCUCAAAUUCUAACACCCUGAGCCAUGGCUCAAAGCUGAAGUUCAAGUUGAUAGACUGGUUAAGAAGACAUGUAGUGUAUUUUCCCCAAGACUUCGUUCACUUGAUUGUGUCUGUAUACACUGCACUUCCCUCUACCAUCAGGAAGGUAAAACAAAGUUAUUCAUAGAAAAUAUGCAGUCAUUUCUGUGACACCUGAGAUGUGAGGUGAAUGUGACCUUAACAGACUGCAAGUUCACCCUGAGCAUCAGUGACAGUUCUUUCCCUAAUGGGCUGAAUGUCUUUUACUCUUGGUUUGAUGCAUGGAACGAAUAGCUGGUGAGGAGGGCCCGCACAGGACGAGCAGGCACUCUGUAUGGCCACAGCUGAUGUGAGGAAGACCCACAUAAAGCUACGGGCUGACAACAUACCUGGCUGGAGGUUGAGGGACUGUGCAGCCCAGUUAACCUGGGUUCUAAGUGACAACUUUAACAUCUCUCUGGAACAGUCUGCUGUCCUCCCCGGCUUCAAGGCAGCCACCAUCAUCCCAGUGCCCAAGAGGGUGACAAUAACCUGCCUCAUUGACUACUGACCUCAACAAUAAUGAAGAGCUUUGAGCGGCUGGUUAUGUAUUCCAUUAAAUCCGAUCUUCCUGCUACUUACUACCCAGAUCAGUGCACUGACAAUACCAUAGCUUCUGUUCUCCACUCUGUCCUGGAGCACCCAGAAAAUGGUGCCUCAUAUUGUCGUAAUUGACUUCAUCUUGCUGUUUAAUAAGAUGAUCCCUCAGAAGCUGGUGGGGUCACAACAUACCUCUCUCUGCGACUUGUUGAUAGAAAGGCCACAGAGGCGUCUCCAGCUGGAUCAUUGGUGCUCCCCAGGGCUGAUCACACCACUGACACACGACUACACUGAUAGAUCCAGUUCAAACCAAUCAUCAAGUUCACUGAUGACACAAUGUGGUUGGCCUCAUCAAUGACAACAAUAGGGCUACGGAGAGGAGGUAGAAUGGUGCGAGCACAACAACUUGAGUCUCAGUGUGGACAAGGCCAAAGUGAUGAUUGUCCUCUUUAGGAAGGUUCAGGCUGACCGCUUCUCAGUACACAAACACGGCCCCUCCAUGUAGAAUUAGGAGCACCAAGUUUAUGGGUGUACACUCAAUGGGUGAUCUCAUCUGGCCCCUCAACACCAACCCUUUAGUCAAAAAAAAGUGGAGCAGUUUCUCCACUUCCUGAGGAGACUGAGGCAAGCGAGGCUCAUCCCUCCCAUUCUCACCAAUUUUUACAGGCGCACCAUCAGAAAUGUCCUGACCCGGCAUUGUCAGUGAAUCCUCCCAUCCAUCCAACAAUCUCUUUGACUCCCGGCCACCAGGCAGGAGGUACCGUAGCACUUGGACAAGGUCUGUUGGGAAUGGAAACAGCUUCUUCCCCCAGGCCGUGAGACCUCUGAACUCCCUGCCACCACCCAGAUCUCAUCACUUAACAUUAUACUGUUUAUUUUUUGAACCUUAUUAUCUGUUAAUUUAUUUGUGGUAAUAUUACCUUAUGUGUGAGUUAUAGGUCUGUGUUGAGCAGCUUGGUUCAGGGGGAUGUUGUUUUGCUUGGUGGUAUCGAUGUAUAUGGUUGAGUAACAAUAAAGUUGAGCUUGAACUUGU